AACGAACAACAACAACAACGAUGAUGACCAGAAAAUUUUCAUUGAUAAUCGCCAUAUGGAUGAUACUAACAACGAUAACAACAUCGGAAGCUAAAAAAAAAUUUGACUGUGAUCAUUUAACCGAUUUUGCUAACGAUGUUAUUAUUGUUACAUCAAAAACAAGAAAAUUUCCAACAACAUUACCGGAAUUUUCUACAUUUUGCAAACAAAAUUUACAGCUUGCAGCCGAUGUAACAACAAUGUCAAAACAAUGUUUUAAAAAUGAAAUGAAAAAUAUUAUUGCAUUAGUUGGUUAUUCAUAUAGACAACGUAUGAAAUUAUUAUGUAAACGUAGUAAUAAUAAUUCAAAAGCAAAUGCUGUUAUAUCAGCUGCACCAUGUUUAAAUCGUUUCCGAUCGAAAAUGGCAAAAUGUUUUGAUCGUACUGCUAAUCGUAUUGCAGAGAUAAAAUCGCAACCAAAUAAUCUAAAAUUUCCAUAUCUUUGUUGCGAAACUGGACAAAUAAGAAAAUGUAUUGAAAAAAUACAAUCAGGUGAUUGUAAAAAAGAUUUACAAGGUUAUAUUGAUAAUGCAUUAGAAAUGACAAAUGGUUUUAUUGAUCGUAGUUGUGGUGAAUAUAAUGAUGAAACAGAUAAAUGUGAUCGUUUAAAACCAAUAACAGUAAAAAAUGAACAAACAAAUCCAAGUCUUAUUGUUAAUGUUGCUGAAUUGAUUGCAACAAUUGAAUAAAUGGAAUUGAUUGAUCGAUUGAUUGAUCGAUCGAUCGAUCGAUCCAACCAAAAAUCAAUCAAAUCGAAUCAAAUCAAUUUUGAGUUUUGUAAAACAUCAUUAAAACACAUCAUCAUGCACCACACACA